AUGCCAGUGCAGAUCCCGGACGACUCGGACUUCUCUUCGUUCAAAGACCAGUGUCUGAGUCUUGACGGAUGGAUGAGCCGCUACAACAAGGGGGGGGUGACGGUGUGGUGCCGGGAGGAGGAGAGCAGGACGGUCCAGAAACUCAAGAUGAGGAUAGUGUGUAAAGACGUGACGGCAGAGACACUGUACGAUGUCCUACACGACACCAGCUACCGCAGGAAGUGGGACACCAACAUGAUCGACACGUAUGACAUCGGCCGUCUGACCGUCAACGCAGACGUUGGAUAUUACUCCUGGAGAUGUCCAACCCCUCUGAAGAACAGAGACUUUGUGACCAUGAGGUCUUGGCUUCCUCUCGGGAACGACUACCUGAUCAUCAACUACUCCGUCAAACACCCGGAACAUCCUCCUAAGAAGGACUACGUCCGAGCCGUGUCCCUGCUGACCGGAUACCUGAUCCAGUCCAACGGAGCCAACUGCUCCACCCUCUACUACCUGACCCAGGUGGACCCCAGAGGUUCUUUACCAAAGUGGGUGGUGAACAGAGUGUCUCAGUUUGUGGCUCCAAAGGCCAUGAGGAAGAUCUACAAGGCGUCUCUGAAGUAUCCGGAGUGGAAGAGGAAGCACAACCCGAACCUGAAGCCGUGGAUGUUCCCGGAGCAGAACACGCUGCCGUGCAUCAGCGUGUCGGAGCUGACGGUGCAGCGAGCCGACUCUCUGGAGAACAUAGACGAGAGCGGCGUGAGCGAGGAGAAGACGCCUCACAGCGAGGACGAAGAGACUUAAACACCCGCACAGACUCACAGCGUAACCUCUGCUUUCUCUCUGCUUUACUGUUUGUUGUUUUGUUUGACGAGAUAAACUUUAUUGAUCCCACGCAGGAAAACGGAAGUGUGAGACUGAUCAGACUCGGACCAGUGAGGGAGACGAUCCGGUUUCUGUCUGCAGCUCGUUUGUUUGGUCCAACAGGAAAAUGUCUUCCACAGUGUCUGUGCUCAUUGUGCCGUCGAGCAUCAGCUCUGAGU